AUGGCACGCCUGUUCGGCCUUCUCCCCGCGAUUGCGAUGAUGAUGCAGGCGAUGGAGGCGAGCAUGGCAUCGCAGGCAAGACUGAGGUCGUCCGGCACCGAGCUCGCCAGAAUCUUUACCCGCUGGAGGUGGCGACUUGCUAUCAGUGUCCGAGUCGAGAAGAUCAGCACCUUAGCUCGUCUUGAGGGCGAUGCGUCAGGGUCGAGUUUCCAGCCAUCUUGCUUCGAUGCCAAGAUCGAGAUCGAGCAUGAUUGCUCCGAGGCGAGAACAUGUGGCUGCAUGAGCAGUGUUCUGUCGAUUCAGAUCGUCAACGGGGGAGAGAUAGUUCGAACUCGUCUGGACGAGGUUUCAAAUGUCUUUGAAAGAGAAGCCGUCACAUUCAAUGUCACCUUGUGUGCACCAGAAGCUGUGACUGGCAAAGUGACUGAAACGUUCCACGUCGGCUUGAUGACGUCACUGUCACGGUCGGAAGGGGGCAGGCCAGUCUCAUGGACCUGUGCGAACAUAUCAAGCUCUGGACAAGUCGGAGAUUGCGAGAUCGAGAAGAGCUCGAAAGAAUCUUCUACAGUGGUUGUGACAGGAAUCUCUAAGGGAAAUGAAAGCUGUGCGAACCCGGAGGCUGCAUCGAAUCUGUUGAAAGAUGCGAGAAGUCACAUGCAGGCUGGACGCUUUUCGAGCGCGCUACUCUCUUUGAAACAGAUCCUUGAGGACGAGCGAUCAGAGAUGAAGGAGUACAAGGUGCAGGCAGCGAGGCUGAGAAACUCUCUCCUUCCUCCAUUGCUGCUAUCUCACAGAUGUUGUGACUCUUUGAAUCCUCAUUGCGCAUCUCUCGACAAAUCUCUUCUGUUUGCGACUGAUUCUUGGGUAGAGGAGGACAUCAUCAAAAUUGUCGGGAGAGAUCAGUGCAGCGGGCUGUUUGUAGAGAUCGGAGCAGGGGAUGGCGUUUCCAACAGUCCGACGCUUUUCCUGGAGAAGUUCAUGGGAUGGAAAGGAGCUCUCUUCGAGGCAGAGCAGGAGGAGCUGGUGUCCUGCCAUAGUGACGACGAUGAACAGGAUGAUGAGGAGAAUUUCAAGUUGCUCGAGAGUAAUGGUAGAUCAGCUGCCAAGUACAAAGACGGCUUCCGAACUAGUGGAGGUGGAGUAUUUGACGCUCGAGAUGCCAUCAAAAAGAUGUUUGAUUCCUCCAAGGACGGAAUCCAGAUCAUCUUCCUUAAUCUGGCUGGUGAACUACAGCUGGAGGCACUGAAGGCCAUGAAGUUGGAGCCGUCGGCUGGUGAAGAGGGGAUGCUAGUUCCAUACACAUACCUGUUGGCGGUGGAGCAUGACGGGACGAUACACGAGGAGGCCAAAAGUCUUCUAGCUGCCAAGGACUACGCCUGGAGAGCAGGUGCAGGCGAAGAAGGAAAGGGACGACGAUACGACAUCUACCACUACACCUUCCCGAGUCAUCUGAUGGAGGCCAUGAUGAACCAGGCCGCUAGUCAAGCAAGCUCAGCCUCAUGA